AGUGUACCAUCAACUGUAACCAUAAAAGAUGACAUUCAGACCUACAUGAGCUUUCUGUUCAAAAAUAUUCUAAGAAUCCCUGGAUGUAUUUCAGACCAGCUGUAUGUAACGACAGGUACGGUUGUACCAUCUCACAACAUCGUCGGUUUACCAUUGGUGCCACAUUCAAAACGUGAUUAUCAGAGCAUUCUACAGAAAGCCGUCAAUCGAUACGAAUUCGAAGUGGCCAACUUCUCAAAUGCACUGACGGACGAAAUGUGUGAGCUGUGUGCUCGAGUCGACCGCGCCCUCACAGCACCGGGUGGCUCACUCCUGCUUGCUGGCCGCCCUGGUCUUGGUCGAGCUGAUGCGAUCCGUCUCAUCGCCAACAUGCAUCAGAUGGCCCUUUUCACGCCAAAAAUCACGCCUAACUAUGGGCAGAAACAGUUCGAUUUGGAAUUGAAAAACACAAUCCAGACCGCGAUUUCUAAUAGUGAGCAUGUCGUGUUUCUCCUCGAGGACUACAAAAUUCUUCAGCCAAGUUUUCUCGAAUCGAUCAACUGCCUGAUUUCAAGUGGCGAGGUCCCUGGACUAUUUACUCCCCAGUUGGUGAGCUUUCUACUUUUCCAAGGUUUUUUUUCAGGAGUUCGAACUUUACUUCACGUCGGCCUGGUCCUGGACACUGAUAGUGCGGAAUUCGAACUUCGAAUAGCCGCUAAUCCGGCGAUUUUCAAACAAUCCAAUGUGAUAUGGCAGGAGAGCUGGAGUAGAACAGCUCAGGCACAGGUAUCUAUGUCGUUCAGGGCUGGAGUACACAAGUUGACGGAAGCUCGAGAACAGGUGGCAAUAAUGCAAAAGAAAGCUGCCAAGAAGAGUAAACUACUGGCUGAAAAACAGGCCGCUGCCGACGAAGCGUUGAAGGAUAUCAGUAAAAGCAUGACGGGGGCAGAGGACCAGAAAACGUCUAUGCAGCAGUUGAGAGCGGCUACGGAAGAAGAAAAUGUAAAGAUCGCUGAGAAGAAGAGACACAUUGAAGAGCAGCUCAAAGACGUAGAACCCUUACUCAAGGAAGCUAGAUCCGCAGUCGGCUCUAUUAAGCCCGAAUCGCUGUCGGAAAUUCGCAGUCUACGAGCCCCUCCUGAAGCAAUUCGUGAUAUUCUACAGGCUGUGUUGCUCUUCAUGGGUAUAUUGGAUACGUCAUGGGAGGCAAUGAGAAAGUUCUUGUCAAAAAGCAGCGUAAAAGACGAAAUAAUCAACUUUGACGCUCACCGUAUCACAAGGGACGUCCACAAAAAAGUCACUGCCUUGGUGAAAAGCAAAGAAGCAUCGUUCGAUCCCAAGAAUGCCAAACGAGCUUCCGUAGCCGCAGCACCAUUGGCUGCUUGGGUGACUGCAAAUCUACAGUACUCUGAGAUACUUGAGAAGAUAUCACCACUUGAACAAGAGAAGAAUCAGCUCGUCAGUAAUUUAUCGAAAGCAGAGAAACAAAUCGAAAAACUCUCAAAAGGACUGCUCUCAGUCGACGAAAAAGUAGCUGCUUUGAAAGAAAAAUUCGAAGGUCUCAUGAAAGAGGCUACACAAAUCAAAAUCGAUUUGGAAAAAGAGCAGAACACUAUUAAAGUGGCUGGCACGUUGGUCGAUCGGUUGGCCGGUGAAUUCUCACGAUGGCAGAACUACGAGACUUUUCAGGUGGAACGAUGUGCCAUCAUCACAGCUGCAUUUGUCACAUACCUUGGGGGAUGUUCCGAGAAAACUCGGACGGAAGUUUUGAAAUCGUUCCAGCAAAACAGUAGCCUACCUGAUUUUAGCCCCGUCACAUUCUGCGCCAUGGAAACGGAGCAGUUGAACUGGAAGAAUCAUGGCUUACCUGGCGACUCCCUCUCGAUAGAGAACACUGUGGUGAUGUUCAAUAGCACACAGACUCCACUGGUUAUUGAUCCAACUGGACGAGUUGCUGCCUUCUUGCAUUCGUUCAUUGAUAAGUCUGAAUUGCUCAGAGCUGCUCAGAACGAUCUAUUCACUCAGAUAGAGUUUGGAAUUCGAUUUGGAAAAACAAUCAUUGUCGAUGACGUUGCUGAAAUCGAUGCUGCCUUUGUACCACUUUUCCGAAAGGAACUAUCAUCACAAGGGCCUCGACAGGUGAUAUCAUUUGCUGAUAAGCAAAUCGACUACAAUCCGGAAUUCAAGCUCUUCCUUUGCACGAAAAAUCAACAUAUCGUCAUUCCUAGCAGUAUUCGUAAUGUUCUGUCUGAAGUGAAUUUCACAACAACAAAAAGUGGACUCACCUCUCAGCUGCUCGGCCUUGCGAUUCAAAUUGAAAAACCCGAGCUAGAAGAGCGAUCAAGUGCCUUGGCCAGAGAUGCGGAGAGUAAAAAAAUGGAAUUGGAAAAAUUGGAACAACUGUUACUCCAGCAACUUGCAUCUUCUGAAGAAAAUCUGCUCGACAACACGGUUUUGCUCGACUCAUUGAAUAAAUCAAAAGAGAAUGCUGAAACAAUCAGCAAGAGUAUUCAAGAAAGCGAGAAACUUCACAAAGAACUCAACGAACAACGAAAUGCAUAUCUUUCGUUAGCAGAAUUCGCCAGCUCGCUAUACUUUGUCUUUUCUGAUCUUCACCUACAUAAUCAUAUGUACAAUUUCAAUGUAAACACUAUCAUCAGCAUCUUCCGAAAAGUCGUCGCCGACUGUCAGGUGAGAGGAUCCCCAGAAAUUGUUGCUCCUAAAUCUAAAAUUCUUCGGAAACAACCUGCUAUUUAUCAGUCAUAUUUCACUAACGGUCGAAAAUUCGGGCUUAUUGCUUCUAACACUUACAUGUUUACUUUGAGUAAGCAUCAGACAAACCCUCAGAAAACCAAAGUCUCAUUGUUGCAGAGUAAUUUGCCCACGUUGUUCAACAACCUACAAUUAACCGACCAAGGCACAUGGAACGAAUUCAGUCGGGCGGUUGAUUGCGAGAACGCUGUGCCGGCUUUUGUUGAACAGAAAAUCACUCCAUUCCAAAAGGUUCUACUGAUCCAAGCUGUGCGACCAGAUCGAUUAUAUUCAGCGAUGCAAAACUUUGUCUUGAAAACAUUAGCAGUUCCUUCCGUCAACCCGCCACCAUUUAAUCUAUCCGAUGUGCUGAACGAAAGUUCUAAUCAAGAACCUGUGUUGCUGAUCUUGGCUGGUGGUGCUGAUCCCAGUCAGGAGCUGGAGAAGUUGGCGGCAAACACGAUCGGCUUACACAACUAUACGUCGAUCUCAAUGGGUCAGGGACAGGAACAGGCCACAAUCGACGCUAUUAGAAGGGCUUCAACCGAAGGCCAAUGGCUCUGCUUGCAGAACGUUCAUCUGAUGCUCAGUAUCAUCCCGGUUAUUCAAAAGGAACUGGCCACCGUCACUCCUCAUGAAAAAUUCCGUCUGUGGAUGACGACUGAGGAGGAGAACAAGUUCCCUGCGAUAAUGUUGCAGCAUAGCUUGAAAGUUACCUUUGAACCACCUCCAGGGAUCCGGAACAAUCUACUGCGAACGUAUUCUCAAAUUGAUGACGUGAGGCGUUCAAUCCUUACCAGUCAGGCUAUAUUUGUCUUAGCUUGGUUGCAUGCACUGCUUCAAGAGCGACGGACUUUCAUCCCACAGGCUUGGACAAAAUUCUACGAAUUCAGCAGUGCAGAUGUACGAGUUGCACGUGUUCUCGUGGAAAGCCUGAUAAAGGAGUCAAGAGCCGAUUGGGAGUUCAUCCGAGGUCUGUUGAUGUAUGUCGUCUAUGGUGGACGUAUAGAAAACGAUUUUGACAGCCAAGUUCUUGAGUCCUAUCUUCUUACGCUAUUCAAUUCCGAAAAAGUCACCGGACGAUCUGGUCAAACGCUAGCAAAAGGUGUGGAACUGUUGGCUACAGACAAUAUCAAGUACAUCACAUCAUCGAUCCCUUCUGAAGACCAACCAAACCUUUUUGGUCUUCCGAUGAACAUCCGUUUCUCAUGGCAGUUGACAGAAGCCGAAGAUACGAUCGCUAGAAUGAGAAUAGCAGGUACUGAUAUUGUUAACAUAAAAUCGAGGCCCGCAUUAGAUCACUUUGCCCACAGGCUUUCAUCAGACCUCCACGAAACAUGUUGUUUUCUCAAUCCAGCUGAGUACCUGGCAAAUUUGAUCUAUAAGGUGAAAACACGUUUUUUUUUNUUUUUUUUUCUUAAUGAAUCUUUCCAAAAAUUUCCUUCAUUCAUACCGUUACCUGAGAUCUCAACCAAUCAAAUUCUCAAUUCUCUGUUGAUCAUUCUUUCACUAGGGUUAUACCAAGCAGAGUUUUGGCUGUAUGAGAUUUGUAAGAUACCCAAAGAACCCAUCCAUUUUCAGGGCAUACUCCUCCAAGGAGCGCUAUUUGAUGGGCAACUACGUGAUACAGUACUCAGCAGUCCGCCCGUCACCAAUGCUCCACAACUAACUCUUGGAUGGACGAAAAUUGUGAGUAUAAACAAUGAAUCUGUGGCUGUACCACUCUACACUGAUGUCACAAGAAGUGAAUAUAUCGCUACCGUUAUGAUGCCAUGUUCAGACGUCCACAAAUGGAAUAUCGCUUCUGUGGCAUUAUUCUUAAAAUAG